AAAAACAAAGUGUGAUAAGGGAACAGGAUACAUUAAUGAGAUAUUAUACCAACUAUCAUAAGUGUCAGACAUUAAUGAAUAGUCUCACUGUUUCAGUUUGUUCUCAUCUUGAAAGUGAAAUAAAUUUGAGUGGAUUCAUAGCUGACUAAAUUGAUAUAGUAUAGAGUUAGAUUUCAUUACUCUUUUUGUAUCAUUUCCACCUAAUCCUUUUUUUGGGGGACUUAUCUUCAUCUAAAUUUGCCUAUCGGUAUCCACCGCUCAAGUUUUCUUGUGAUGGUAACCGUUCCAUCUUCCUAUUUAUACUCACCUUUCUUCCCUGUAGUGUCACAGCUGGUUGAGCUCCCUCCAUGGCUCUCCUCCUCUUCUCCUCCAUUCUGCUCUCCAUACUACAAUGCAGCAGUGCUCAGCCCUCCCCUGGCUACUACCUAAGCAGCAGGUUCAAGCCUUUGCCUGGCUUCUACCAUGGAUACAACACUCUGUGGGGGCCCCGGCAUCAAACAGUCUCAGCAGACCAGUCCUCGGUGGCCAUCUGGCUCGACAGGAGCUCAGGCAGCGGAUUCAAGUCGAAUCGCCCAUUUCGAAGCGGCUAUUUUGCGGCAUCGAUCAAGCUCCAACCUGGCGACACUGCAGGAGUGAUCACAGCUUUCUACGUGAGUUCUUUCUUGGCCAACUCCCGUUGCCGUCUUGCUUGCUUGCUUGUGCAUCAUUCGACAUUGUGCUGCAGCUGUCGAACAACCAAGUGCAUCCUGGGUUCCAUGACGAGGUGGAUAUCGAGUUCCUGGGGACUACUCCGGGGAGGCCAUACAAGUUGCAGACGAAUGUGUACGUCAAGGGGAGCGGCGACGGCCGGGUCAUCGGGAGGGAGAUGAAGUUCCACCUGUGGUUUGACCCUGCUGCUGACUUCCACCACUACGCUAUCCUGUGGAACCCAAAUGAGAUCAUAUUCUUCGUCGACGACAUACCGAUACGGCGGUACCCGAGGAAGAGCGACGACACGUUCCCGCUGCGGCCGAUGUGGGUGUACGGGACGAUCUGGGACGCGUCGUCCUGGGCCACCGACAACGGCAAGCACAGGGUGGACUACCGCCACCAGCCGUUCGUCGCCAGGUUCACCAGGUUCGUCGUGCGAGGCUGCUCCGCGUACGCGCCGUCGGGGUGCCGCCCUGUGCCGUCCUCGCCGUCCGGAUUCGGGCUCAGCAAGCAGCAGCUCGCCGCCAUGGCCUGGGCGCAGAGGAACUACAUGGUGUACGACUACUGCAGGGAUGACCGGAGGGACCGUUCCUUGACUCCCGAGUGCUGGGCUUGACGCCGCUGCAAGUAGUCAGUCACAUGGGAGUGUUUAGUGUUGGUUUUAGGGGACUGAUGGGGGAGAGGAAAUACCGCCAUGAAAUAAUUCGUGGUUGCUAUUGGUCGCAUGAUGAAGAAAGCCUGUAGAGAGGAUAGAAGAAGAAUAACUCACAGCCUCUCAAACGCGUCGUACUGUAAGCGCGUCGAAGCCGCGUUGCCCAGUGACUGUUCUCUGUUUUAUUCCAUUGUCUUUUGUCUCGUA